ACCGUGUUCUCUUGGCAGUCUGUUGCGGGACCAGGACAGAGACGACCGAGGGGGGUCUGAUUGUCUUUGAAUGUCCAACCGGGACGUUUGGACAACCACCGCGCGGUAAAGAGGCUGAGCUGCGCUGGACUAGAAGACAGACAUACAGUACAGUAGUUGCACAACUACCGGUGGUUCGACCGGUUUGCAUACUUGUGGCAGCGGGGAGGAAGAAGGAGGAGGGCUCAGCGAUGGUCACGGCCAUGGAGGAUGCCAAUGCGGCGCGGAAGGAGGAGGUGUCGCAAGAGGGGACGCCCCCGGGCCCGCCUGGAGUGGAGGUGCCUCCUGCGGCCGUCCAGGCCAACCAGGGAGAAGACACAUCUGGAGCCGUGCAGCAGGUGUUGGACAAUCUAGGUGAGCUUCCCACCAGCGGUGGUGCCAAAGACAUCGACCUGCUCUUCCUACGCGGCAUCAUGGAAAGUCCCAUUGCCCAUGAACAGCUGGAGGAGGUGAAGCUGGAAGCGGUGCAGGACAACAACAUGGAGCUGGUGACGGAGAUCCUGGGCGAUAUCAGCAGCCUCAAAGUCAAAGAUGACAGCGCGGCCGAACUGUCGAAGAUCCUGCAGGAGCCGCACUUCCAGUCUCUUCUUGAGGCACAUGACAUGGUGGCCUCCAAGUGCUACGAAGUCCCGCCCCCGGCCGAGACGGCCAAUGACGCAGCGGUGAACAGCGCUCUGAUGCAGGCGGAUGCCGUGCGCAUGAUCGGCAUCCGAAAGAAGGCUGGGGAGCCUCUGGGCGUAACCUUUCGCGUGGAGAAAGACGACUUGGUCAUCGCUCGAAUUCUCCACGGCGGCAUGAUUGACAGGCAGGGACUACUUCACGUGGGCGACAUCAUCAAGGAAGUGAACGGCAAGGACGUGGGCAACAAUCCCACCGAGCUGCAGGAAAUGCUGAAGGACUGCAGCGGGGGGAUCACCCUCAAAAUACUGCCAAGCUACCGCGACGCCCCUGCACCCCCGCAGGUCUACGUACGGCCGUACUUUGACUACGACCCGGCCAACGACAACCUGAUCCCUUGCCGGGAGGCGGGCAUGGCUUUCAAGAGAGCAGACAUCCUUCAGAUUGUCAACAGAGAAGACCCCAACUGGUGGCAGGCGUGCCAUGUGGUGGGCGGGGCCACGGGACUGAUACCCAGCCAGUUCUUGGAGGAGAAGAGGAAAGCUUUUGUUCCGCGGGACUUUGAUGGAUCAGGCAUCCUGUGUGGCACCAUCGCUGGGAAGAAGAAGAAGAAGAUGAUGUAUCUGACAGCCAAGAAUGCAGAGUUCGACAGGCAUGAGCUGCAGAUCUACGAGGAGGUAGCAAAAGUCCCCCCAUUCCAGAGAAAGACGCUCGUCCUGAUUGGUGCUCAGGGCGUGGGCCGACGAAGCCUAAAGAACAGACUCAUGGUCCUUCAACCCAGCCGCUUCGGCACCACUAUACCAUACACGUCCCGGCGGCCACGUGAUGAGGAGCUGGACGGCAACUCGUACCACUUCACCUCCAGGACGGAGAUGGAGGUGGACGUGAAGGCCGGCCGCUUCCUGGAGCACGGCGAGUACGACGGCAACCUGUACGGCACCAAGAUAGAGUCCAUUCACGAGGUGGUGUCCACGGGGCGGACGUGCAUCCUGGAUGUCAACCCACAGGCUCUAAAGGUCCUAAAGACGGCAGAGUUCAUGCCUUACGUGGUGUUCAUCGCCGCGCCCGAUUUUGACACACUGAAGGCCAUGCACAAAGCCGUGGUGGACGCCGGCCUCACCACCAAGCAGCUCACGGAUGUGGACCUGAGGAAGACGGUGGAUGAGAGCGCCCGCAUCCAUCGGGCGUACGGCCACUACUUUGACCUCACCAUUGUCAACGACAACCUGGACAAAGCCUUCGAGACGUUACAGGCCGCCGUGGAUAAACUGUGCGGUGAACCUCAGUGGGUCCCCGUCAACUGGGUGUACUGAACGUGUGCGUGCGUGCGUGCGUGCGUGUGUGUGUGUGUGUGUGUGUGUGUGUGUAUGUGUGUGCACGCAUUCGUGACAAGGGCCGAAGAGGAAAACCAAGAGCUACUUCUGUAAAAUAACACAAAUAUUCCUGCUAUGUUGUCUCGCUCUCCGUCCUCUGGAGCCUGCACGCCAUGCAGCUUUUUUCUAUUCGCAACUCAAAGGGGGAGAGUGCUUAUUUAUUUUAUAACUUUUUAUGAAAGAUCUUUCUAUUCCAUGUGGAUUUGCAGCACAAAAGAAAGAUAAUCUGGGGCAAUUUCUUUUUUUAAUAUUAAUUUAUUGUAGUUCUUUGGUCUUUUUGUGAGUUAAAUGUCUUUGUUUUAGCCUGCAGUGGCAAUGAAUUGCUCUUCAUUUCCACCCGCAUAGACAUUUAUUUUAGAGACUUAGCGUGGAUGUAAACAUGGCGAAAGUCUUAAUGUUCAUGAUCAAGCACUGUUGAGUUUUUUUGUUUGUAGUUUUCGUUCAGUGUUGUUUGUAGUGUAGUCGUUGUCACCAAUGAUCCUGCCUGCUUGUCUGGACUACAACCUUCUCCAAGCCAACUUGUUCCUACAGAGUUGCACAAAACAGGUCGUCACACCUGCCUAUGCUUCACUCCAGCGGGACACGCUAAGGGGGAAAGCUCUUUUUAGACUGCAGAAGAAAAAUGUCAUUUCAUUCAAGUGUAUGUCUUUAUUUAUUCAAACUAGUUGGGUUUUUUUAAAUCCCGGUGGUGCCACAUAGUAGACAACCUGCUGCCUGUUUGGAAGUGUUUUCAUAAAUCACCCAAAUGUGUUUCUACAUUUUUAUCUGCAAAGCUGAAAUGAAUAAAAGGUGAUGGCGUUUCACAGUUGGUUGAAAAAAAAAAAUACCG